GUUGGAGUCGGAAGUGGCGAGCGCGCGCUGGGCCCCGGGGCGGCCGCUGCCUGGCGUCGCCUCGUUCAGGCCCCGGUGAGGGACCGGCCGGGGGCCGAGGGGCCUCCCGACCCUCAAGCUGCUCUCAGGCAGAGCGCGCCGCCGACUUGAAGCCACCGAGCCCAGCGUCAGGAAGAACCCAGAUUUUUCCGCCCCCACCUCUCGGGCCUGGAUGGAGCACACCCUAAAGGGAAAUGACAGACCAGGAGAAUAACAACAGCAUCUCAAGCAACCCUUUUGCCGCUCUCUUCGGCUCCGUGGCCGACGCCCGGCAGUUUGCAGCGGUCCAGAAGCAGCAACUGAAGGCACCGCCCGAGGAGGCCUCGGCCAGCGCAGAUGACUCGGAUAACAGCGUGUCGGAGAGCCUGGACGACUGCGACUACUCGCUGGCCGAGAUCAGCCGCUCGUUCCGUUCCCAGCAGGAGAUAUGUGAGCAGCUCAACAUUAAUCACAUGAUCCAGAGGAUCUUCCUCAUCACACUGGACAACAGCGACCCGAGCCUGAAGAGCGGCAAUGGGAUCCCGAGCCGCUGCGUAUACCUGGAGGAGAUGGCCGCCGACCUGGAAGAUCAGGACUGUCUUGACAUGGACAACAUCGAGCAGGCCCUCUUCUCCCGUCUGCUCCUGCAAGAGCCCGCCCACCAUCUGAUUCACAUGACCUCGUCCACCACGCUGAACCUCUCCGCCGACCGGGACGCCGGGGAGAGGCACAGCCUCCGCUACCUGUACGCCUGCUUCCAGAGAGCAAAGGAGGAGAUAACCAAAGUGCCCGAGAACCUGCUGCCCUUUGCCGUCCGGUGCCGGAACCUGACCGUGUCCAACACCCGCACGGUCCUCCUCACCCCGGAGAUCUACGUCAACCAGAACGUCUCCGAGCAGCUGGUCGACCUGAUGUUGGAGGCCAUCCGAGGGGCCCACUUAGACGACGUGACCGAGUUCCUGGAGGAGGUCAUCGGCGCCCUGACGGCCGACCAGGAGGUCCGGACGUUUCCCGAAGUCAUGAUCCCGGUGUUCGACGUCGUGUCGGGUCGAGUAAAGGACCUGAGCCUCUGCCAGACCCUGCUGUACACCUACUUGGACGUGCUUCUCUAUUUCACCCGGCAGAAAGAUAUAGCCAAGGUCUUUGUGGACUACAUUCAGCCCAAAGACCCCAGCAACGGGCAGCUGUACCAGAAGACCCUCCUGGGAACCGUCCUGAGUAUCUCCUGCCUGCUGAAGACCCCCGGCGUAGUGGAGAACCACGACUACUUCCUGAAUCCGUCGCGCUCCAGUCCCCAGGAGAUCAAAGUGCAGGAAGCCAACAUCCACCAGUUCAUGGCGCAGUUCCACGAGAAGCUCUACCAGAUGCUGAAGAACCUCCUCCAGCUCUCCCCCGAGACCAAGGACCGGAUCCUGUCCUGGCUCGGGAACUGCCUGCACGCCAACGCGGGCCGCACCAAGAUCUGGGCCAACCAGAUGCCCGAGAUCUUCUUCCAGAUGUACGCCUCGGACGCCUUCUUCCUGAACCUGGGAGCCGCCCUCCUGAGGCUGUGCCAGCCCUUCUGCAAACCCAAGUCCCCGCGGCUCCUCACCUUCAACCCCACCUACUGUGCCCUGAAGGAGCUGAAUGAGGAAGAGAGGCGGAUCAGGAACGUGCACCUGAGAGGUUUGGAUAAGGAAACCUGCCUGAUCCCAACCGAGACCGAGCAGGAGCCGGUGUUCGCCCCCAGUUACAACCUGGUGACGGAGAACCUGGUCCUGACGCAGUAUACCCUCCACCUGGGGUUUCACAGGCUGCACGACCAGAUGGUGAAGAUCAACCAGAGCCUGCACCGCCUGCAGGUGGCCUGGCGCGAGGCCCAGCACGGCUCCAGCCCCGCCGCCGAAAACCUCCGCGACCAGUUUGAGCGCCUCAUGACCAUCUACCUGUCCACCAAGACCGCCGUGACCGAGCCGCAGAUGCUGCAGAACUGCCUCAACCUGCAGGUGUCCACGGCCGUCCUCCUGGUCCAGUUGGCCAUCGGCAACCACGGCACCGAGCCCGCGGACCUCACCUUCCCCUUGCCGGAGGAGUACGACUCGUUGGCUUACGUACCGGAAUUUUUCGCGGACAACCUGGGCGACUUCCUCAUCUUCCUGCGCCGUUUCGCCGACGACAUGCUGGAGACCUCGGCCGACUCCCUGGAGCAGGUCCUUCACUUCGUCACCGUCUUCACCGGGAGCAUCGAGAGGAUGAAGAACCCCCACCUGCGGGCCAAGCUGGCCGAGGUGCUGGAGGCGGUGAUGCCCCACCUGGACCAGCCCGCCAACCCGCUGGUGUGCAGCGUAUUCCACCGCAAGCGGGUGUUCUGCGCGUACCCGCACGCGGCCCGGCUGGCCGAGGCCCUCAUCCGGGUCUUCGUGGAUAUCGAGUUCACGGGGGAUCCCCAUCAGUUUGAGCAGAAGUUUAACUACCGCCGGCCCAUGUAUCCGAUCCUGAGGUACAUGUGGGGGACGGAUGCCUAUCGGGAGAGCGUUAAGGAUCUGGCUGACUACGCCUCCAAGAACCUGGAAGCCAUGAACCCGCCACUUUUCCUCCGCUUCCUGAACCUGCUGAUGAAUGAUGCCAUCUUCCUGCUGGACGAGGCGAUUCAGUAUCUGAGCAAGAUCAAGAUUCAGCAGAUCGAGAAGGACCGGGGGGAGUGGGACCGCCUCGCCCCCGAGACCCGCCGGGAGAAGGAGGCCAGCCUGCAGAUGUUCGGCCAGCUGGCCCGCUUUCACAACAUCAUGUCCAAUGAGACCAUCGGCACCCUGGCCUUCCUGACCUCAGAGAUCAAGUCCCUGUUCGUGCACCCGUUCCUGGCCGAGCGCAUCAUCUCCAUGCUGAACUACUUCCUCCAGCACCUGGUGGGCCCCAAGAUGGGAGCCUUGAAAGUCAAGGACUUCAGCGAGUUUGACUUCAAGCCCCAGCAGCUGGUUUCGGACAUCUGCACCAUCUACCUGAACCUCGGCGACGAGGAGAACUUCUGUGCCACCGUGCCCAAGGACGGACGCUCCUACUCCCCGACUCUCUUCGCCCAGACGGUCCGGGUCCUGAAGAAAAUCAACAAGCCCGGGAACAUGAUCGUGGCUUUCAGUAACCUGGCGGAGAGGAUCAAGUCUCUCGCAGACCGGCAGCAGCAGGAGGAGGAGACGUACGCCGACGCCUGCGACGAGUUUCUGGAUCCCAUCAUGAGCACCCUGAUGUCCGACCCGGUGAUGCUGCCGUCCUCCCGGGUCACCGUGGACCGCUCCACCAUAGCCAGGCACCUGCUCAGCGAUCAGACGGACCCCUUUAACCGCAGCCCUCUCACCAUGGACCAGAUCCGGCCCAACACAGAACUGAAAGAGAAGAUCCAGAAGUGGCUGGCCGAGAGGAAACAGGAAAAAGAGCAGCGAGAGGACACGCCGUGAACCCGACAAACCGAAAGCCAACCACCAGCGUGGAGAAACGAUAGUCUGUUGGUUUCUCUGCCUGCCUCUUCCUCUCCCUCUGGGUCUCUCUCACCGAUUCUCUGAGUUUGGUUCCCUUUCUUUCUCCGUCUCUUGUUCUCUCUCUCUCUCUCCGUCUCACUGUAUUUCUUGAGUUCGGUAUUCUCUCUUUCUCUCUCUCUCUUUCCUCUGUUUUUCCCCUCUCCCCAAAGCAGGGAACGGCCCAUGUAUAAAAUGCCAACCCCAAAAGGCCCCCAAAAAUCAUCUUUAGUGCAAUAUUGCCGGGUCUAGGAAGAGUCUCCAGAUUCCACUUGCCAUUCAUUCCCUUUAUCCGUCUUUCCUCCCUUUCUUCCCAAGAUCUAUCUUACUUUAAACCCCCCCUCCCCCCCCCCCCCCGGCCCGCCCCUUCCCCGCCCUCUAACGAUGGGAGACCCUCAACCCUUCCUGCCUCUUUUAACCACCGGUCUCCUCGACUCUGUCGGUUGCGCUUUGGUAUUUUUUUGGUGUUCUCUGCUUGACGUCACCUUUCCCGUGGCCGUCGGCUUCACCGUAAAGGCCUGCUGGGGGCAGGGGCCUGGGGGAAUCUCGCCGUCUGGGGCUCCGGCCUCUCUCCUCUCGAAUGUUCUCUUUCCUAAGGAUGUUUAAUGUGAAUACCGGCGCCUCACCGGCGACCGAGAGCCCGACCGGCCGGCGGCAGGGCCCCUUAUGCGAUUCCUGGCCCGAGCCGUCGGUCGUGUCCUCCCGGGCCCGAUCCCAAGGGCUUCCGUCCCCGCCCCCCCCCCCCCCCCGCCUCCCUCCCCCGGCUCCAUCUCCGGGCCCAACGGGGCCGCCCCCCGUGGUCAGAACACUGCCCCGGCUUCCAAAGGGGCGCGAUAGCGAGGCAGAGGCUUCUAGGCAGAGAGGUGGCCUUGCCUCGUGGCGGGGUGGAGCGAGGGGCGAGCGGAGCCGAUGAAUCUGAGCCCGUUGGCCACCCGCUUCUGCUGGCUCGGGACCGGGCCUGCAGACCGGGCUGAGGCCGCCGGUGUUCCCUUCGCCUCCGAACCACCUAGAGGUGACUCCGGGCCAGCCUGCGGCCCUUCCGCUCCACCCCGGGGUCUCCGUGUACAUAGAUACCGUGUACAUACAGGUUCGAGACGAACCGCUCACCAAUUUAUAGCGUGCCCUCCUGCAUGUAUGUAGGUAUCCAGCGCGUGUAGCUACAUCUGCCGACGGACCCCCGCUCUAUAUAAAUAAAACUUUUACGUUGUCAA